UUCAAAAUAGACUUUUAAAAUUGAAACAAAAUCUAGAGAUAUUCAGAAUAAUAUUAAAUCCAUAAAUUUAAUAAAAUCAUUCAUAUAUGAAGAUAUUUUACUCCAGUACUAUAAAUACUCUUUCUCCAUUAUUUUCUUUAUUUUCUUUACGGAGGAGCAAAGUAUUCUUGGGAGACUUUUUUUUACGCAAGAGCCCUAGUGGUCGGCCAUCAAAGCUUCAUCGACAGCUUGAAAUCGUCAAAGUAUCAUCAUCCCCCUCAAGUCCUUGACAACGGUGGCAAAGGUCUCUAGCAACCAGUGCAUUAUGAGCAGGUCCCCCAAUUCUGCACAAACUGUAGGAAAACAGGCCACAAAGCUGGGGAAUGCCAUCAGGCCAAAAGCAUGCCCCCAAAACCAUCACAGGAAGCACCUCAAACUACUGCAGGCUACCUUCCAAGCCUCCACCAAGCCAAAAACCUUCAGAUUCCUUAAUCUGUGGACCUCCCAUCCCUCCUACCUGGCCACCCUCAAAAAUACUUGGGACUCUGUCCAUACGGGAAGAGGAAUGCAUGGACUAUACCUUAAACUUCAAGCCACACAGAAAUCCCUUAGUUCCUGGAGCAAAAACACUUACGGCAACCUCUUCAACAAUGUUAAACUAGCAGAGGAAGAAUGCACCAAAGCGGAGGAGGAUUACGAGGGCAACCCUAACAGUGACACUAGAUCCACCUCGGGGAAAUCCAAAGCACACUUGCUUCAAUGUAUCCAAACGGAGGAAUCCUUCUGGAAACAAAAAGCGAAUGCUAAGUGGAUCACCCAAGGUGAUGCUAACACCUCUUUCUUUCAUGCAGCAUGCAGGGCUAGAUGGCGCAAAAAUCACAUCCACUCCAUCCUCAGCUCCCAAGGAAUCCAAGUCACCAAUGAGGCAGAAAUCCUAGAAGUUGGUGCAACUUAUUUUCAGGACCUCUUUAGUCUUCAACCCACCCACAAUAUGGAACUCAUUCUUCAACACAUUCCACACACCAUUACUGAUCCCCAAAAUGAGUUCCUUUGCCUUUUACCAAACACGGAAGAAAUUAAGAAUGCAGUCUGGCACUUGGACCCCAACAGCUCAGCUGGCCCAGAUGGAUUUAAUGGCAACUUCUUCAGAGAAUCCUGGGAUAUAAUAAGUGAAGAUGUAACCAGUGCUGUCCAAGAGUUCUUCCUAGGAAUCAUCCCCCCUAAGGCUAUGAGGAAAUCAAACACAGUUCUCAUCCCCAAGAAGGAAAAUCCUUCAUCCUUCAGUGAUUACCGUCCCAUCAGCCUAACGAACUUCUCCUUUAAAAUCAUCACAAGAAUCCUGGCCUCCAGGCUUACUACUGUUCUUCCAGACAUCAUCUCCAUCGAACAAGGAGGCUUUGUUCCAGGAAGAGACAUCACACAUCACAUCCUGCUUGCAAGGGAAUUUAUUCACAUGUUGGAUAGGAAGACUUUGGGGGGCAACCUCACCCUUAAGCUAGACAUUACUAAAGCAUUUGACAACAUCUCUUGGAGCUACAUUGAAAAAUGUUUAGGGCACUUUGGCUUCUCCCACAUCUUUAUAAGCCUAGUCAUGAACUCCAUCAAAUUCAGUGUUGUUUCCAUCCUCAUCAAUGGCAACUCUUCUAAAGCUUUCAAUCCCAAGAGAGGAGUUAGACAGGGAGAUCCCUUAUCCCCCUACAUCUUCAUCAUCGCCAUGGAAGGGCUGACACGCUCACUUAACCACCUUCAUAGCCUAGGCUGUCUUAAAAAAUACAACACGGGAAGGAUCCAAACGGUAAACCACCUUACCUUUGCAGACGAUGUCCUGAUUUUCACUAAUGGAUCCCUUCACAACCUCAAAAAACUCAGAAGUUUCCUUAGCGGCUUUGAGAAAGCAACAGUUCUCCACCUCAAUCUUGCCAAAAGCCAGACUAUUUCCCCCAAACCCUCAUCCAAUCAUGCUAGGCGCCAAGCAAACUGCCUGGGGAUGAAAGUAGCCCCCCUACCCAUCACCUACCUUGGCGUCCCCCUAUAGAAAGGGAUCAAUAGGUCCAAAUACUUCCAGGAUCUCCUCAGGAAAUUUGAUCUCAAAUUAUCCAGCUGGAAAAUGCACACUCUUUCCCAAGAAGGAAGACUUACACUCAUCAAACAUGUCCUCUCCACUCUCCCUCUUCACACCAUGUCCUCCUCUAAACUUCCUGAAUCGAUCCUCUCCUUGAUCGAAGGCAAACUCCGUCAAUUCUUUUGGGGAAAAAAUACUGAAGGGUCCAAGCAUGCAUGGGUGGCAUGGCAACAAAUUUGUAAACCACUU